ACUGGAAUUAUGGCACGUUUCCCGUGCUAUGCGCAGUCAAAGCUGCGUAGUUACUCGGAAGCUGACCUGUCGUUAGGGUUAAUUCGCUAGCUGUCAUCGAUGGCUCCCAUCCUCCUGACGCGAACAUCAACUUAGUGGUAAGCUACGCUUACUCACGUAUCGUGCCGCUACUACUAGAUGAUUGCAGUCACAGCGAGAUAUUGUAAUGCUAUCGCCGGGAGCUUAUUCGGGAAGGCGUUCGCGUUGAACGCAACAUAUGACACUGACUCACAAUAGCUACGCAACGCCGUAUACCACGGACCUGCUACUAACGCAACGCAGUGUACCACGGACCUGCUAACGCACCAUAUGACACUGACUCACAAUAUAUGAUGUAUUAACGGGUCUGAUCUAGCAUCCGAAUCGAACAGGACCACGCUGUACCCGCCCAAAGAGUAUUUGAACCGAGGAGAAAGGUCGGAGUUAGGGGCAUAUCGUAAGUAGGGAAAGGGACAGCAGCGGCAGCAGCAGCAGCAGCGACAGGGGGAAGAGGAAGCGCUAUCGGCCGCUCCGUCUACUUCUGACCCUUGAACGGAAUAGAUCAGCAAACGACAAGAGAAAGCACGAUGCUGACUCAGCUGCCACGUCAGCAUGUAGAGAGCUGCCGCGGUGGAGACGGUUCUAGAAAAGCUCCGUCUUCUACAGGUCGCCCGAUUCUCCAUCGGCGUUGGAGUCCGUUUACGUUUCCGUCACGACCCCUCAGUCACCGUCAAAGUCCGUUAACUUUUCCGUCAAGUGCCAUCGUUCUCCUGUCACUCUUGCUUCUCCACGACCUCUCUCCCCGUGCCUACCGCCAACCCUGCCGCUCUUUCUUCGUCGCCGCCGCCUCACAAGCCAGCGAAAAUAACGACGGACCGGUGGUAACAUUUUCGCUAGCAUUUUCGCAAUCAUUGUCACGCGUCACAGUUACGGGGGAACGACCUAGCCGGAUCGGAACUAGCGGCGAGGCGGAUGGGGGAAAUACCGAGACAUCUCGAAUCACAGUUGCGGGAGCCUGGCCGGCGGACUCGGGGCAGGCGCAUAUUAGUCCGCCGCCUGGGGGAAAAAUGCCAGGCGCGGGGGUCACCCCCCCUGCGCGGAAGACUCCGCUUACGCCGACGAGUCCCUUCGCGCGGAAGAGUCCGCCUGCGGCGGGGAAAACAGUUCCCACUCCCGCGAGAGACGCAAGGGCGGCAACGGGCGGAAAGUCGGCGCGACAAGGCUCCGCCCCGAAUAAGACAAGGGAUGGCGACGCAGCAGCAGCUAACUCGAAGCGCGCCGCCGCCGGCGCGAGAAGGCGGUCGCCGCCGGAUGCUGCUAGGAGAGCUUCGAGUCCAAGUCCUUCGAGUAACGGCCUGAGACCUCCGAGCAAUAGGAGUCUAGUUUUGAGGCCUAAGACUAACGGCCUAAGACCUCCGAGCAGCAGUGGCCCGAGCAGUCGAAGGAACAGCAGCGGCCCAAGCAGUAGGAGGAACGGCGCCGUGUCUGGGAGCCCUGGUGCUAGUAGGAGCAGCAGCGGCCUAAGACCUUCAAACAGCAGCGGCCCGAGGAGCCAGAGGAGCAGCAGCCCUUCUGGGAGCGCCGGUGCUAGUAGGAGCAGCGGGGGCUCGAGACGUUCUAACGGCGGCAGCGGCUCGAGCAAGGAUAGGACGGGCAGACGCACCGCGACGGGGGCUCGACCCGUGCCGCGCGUGGUUCCGCCGCCCAUUCAGUUCGUGCGGCUGACGACAGCAAACAACGCGACGUGCCUGGACGGCAGCCCCCCGGCAUACUACUACCGGCCGGGAUACGGGAUCGGAACGAACAGAUGGCUGAUCUACCUUAUGGGCGGUCGCUGGUGUCUGUCCCCCAGCCAGUGCCGCCUGAGAGCGGAUUCAGAGCUGGGGUCAACCAAGUACUGGCCCAAACCGGGGGAUCCGGGCUUCGAAAAUACAAUUGCUAAUAUGGGAGCUGGGUUCCAGGGGAUGCUGAGCGGCGACUCUACCGAAAAUCCGCUAUUCUACUCGUGGAACACUGUGGUUGUGCUGUACUGCGACGGGGGCGUGUUCGCUGGCGUGAAAGGGAAAGCAUUUUACGACCACACGGACCCGUACUACCUCUCUGGUCGACCGAUAUUGAAUGCAGUAUUGGGAGAUCUCAACUCCAAGGGUAUGAAGCAGGCGGAUUCUGUACUCCUUACAGGCUGCUCCGCUGGCGCUAUAGCGGUGUCCAUGGCAUGCGAUGCCAUGGCGCAGUUCCACUUCCCUCGCACGGCCAAAGUCAAAUGCCUCAUGGACGCUGGCUUCUUCAUGGACACCCCAGACAUCAGCAAGCAGUGGAGCUUUAGGGGCAUUGUGCAGCGCAUGUUCCGAUUCCACUCCAUGACUGCUGCUGCAGACGAUGACUGUCGCACCGCUUUCUGGGGAAGCAAGGAGUUGUGGCGCUGCUUCUUCCCACAGUACAACCUCCAAUAUGUAUCGACACCCAUGUUCAUUGUGCAAAGCACUUAUGAUAAAGUUGGAGCGGGUAUUUCAUUCUCCCCGCCUCGACUCCCAGACAAGAAUACACUCGACAGGUGCAUGACUCCCGGGCUCAAUAGUGUCUGCUCCGCUCCUGUGCUACAUGCCUUGGAGCAAUAUCGGCAUACGCUACGUACAGCGAUAAACGUCGUGGUUGCAUCGGCUAAAGCAGCUCAUAGGAGCAAGUCUGCUUUUAUUGUGACGGAUGAUGUACAUUGCAUGGCCGCAUAUCCGGAUUGGAAUAAACGGGUGGGGCGGAAUGGGAUGACCCUAGCUAUGGCUAUAAAACGCUGGUGGACAUUGCCGUAGCACCUAAUGUAAUGUACUAAUGCUGAUUGUAACUUAUAUUGUAUUCAUUACUGAUCAACAG